UUCUUCCUUCUCUGUUACAGGAUUGCGGUUCCAGGUCAGACAAAAUCAGGAGAGUACACGCAAUGAACUACUAGUAAGCUGACUCAUAUUUAAACAAAGGAAGGGCCCACUCUACUUCUCAUCUUCAAGAAUUUGCAGCUAUGGCUACUUUCAGGCUCACAUCACUUCACAAAUUGGUUUCUUCACUUUCACCCUUCUCACCAAUUCGCAGUUACUCUUCACUGAAUGACACUUCUCUUUUUGGUAGAAUUGGAUUUAUAGGACUUGGAAACAUGGGAUCAAGAAUGGCCGAUAACUUGAUUAAGGCUGGACACGAGGUUGCGGUACAUGACAUCAAUCAUAAUGUUAUGAAGAUGUUCUCGGACAAAGGCAUUCUCACGGAAGACUCGCCUUUAAAAGUUGCAGAGACAAGUGAUGUAGUUAUUACAAUGUUACCGUCAUCAAACCAUGUUUUGGAUGUCUAUACUGGACAAAAUGGUUUUCUUAGUGGUGGUAAUCCACUCAGACCAUGGCUAUUUAUUGAUUCUUCUACAAUUGAUCCUCAGACAUCAAGAAAGAUCUCUGCAGCUGUGUCUAAUUGUUCUUUGAUAGACAAGAGAGAUGGCUGGAAGGCUCCUGCUGUGUUCGAUGCUCCUGUCUCUGGCGGUGUUCUUGCUGCAGAGAAUGGGACUCUUACUUUCAUGGUUGGUGGUCCAGAGGAGGCUUACACGGCUGCCAAACCCUUGUUUCUCUCAAUGGGCAAAAACACUAUUUACUGUGGUGGAUCGGGGAAUGGAGCGACUGCAAAAAUCUGCAACAAUUUGGCAAUGGCUAUUAGUAUGCUUGGGGUGUCAGAAGCCUUUGCUCUUGGUCAAUCUUUGGGAAUUUCAGCUAGCACUCUAACACAAAUAUUCAAUUCUUCAAGUGCUCGCUGUUGGAGUAGUGACACAUAUAAUCCAGUGCCUGGGGUGAUGGAUGGAGUGCCUUCUUCCAGGAAUUAUAUUGGAGGUUUUGCGUCUAAGUUGAUGGCUAAAGAUCUGAACCUUGCUGCAGCAUCAGCAAAAGAUAUUGGAUUCAAGUGUCCUUUGACUUCACAAACCGAAAAUAUCUUCACAGAGCUCUGCAAUAACGGUCAUGCGGCAAAGGAUUUCUCUGGUGUAUUCCGCUACUAUUACUCUGGAAAGGAUGAGCAGUAAUUGCCUCAGCUAAGUUUCAGGUUCUAUCUGACAGCGUGUAUAGGAUCUUGUGAUGUUCCAUGAAGAUCCCACUGAUGGUGUUAUGAUAUUAGAUUAAUAGCUGAUAUAAGGCUCUCUAUAAGUGGAAUAAUCAGUGUUGGGAAAACUCUACUACCUUAUGUUUAAAUUUAAAUUUUUGCUUAGAUAUUUUAGGUUGUCGAAUAUGUAUUAUGUAGAUUUUAUUUUGUGUUUUAGUGGCUAUUUAAAGCUUUGUUAAAAAAUAAAAGAGGAGAUAUUCUUAUUCACAAGAAUAUAACAAAAUUGGGGCAAGGGAGCCUUUUGAAGUUU